CGGCGGGGCCGCGGGGAGGAGCGGGCGCCGGGGCUCUAUAAGGCCGUCCCGUCGGCCCGGCACCGCGCUCACCGCCGCGUACAAGGGCGAGCUCUGCGCCUCGCACCGCCCCGCGCUGCAGCCUUGGUUGGCGGGGUCCCGUUGCCUUCCUCCUGCAGCUGCACAUCUGACUUUGGGUCAGGCUGCAAUUGCUCCGUUGGCAUGGGGGGCUUCAGCGUUUGGGACUAUGUGGUCUUCGCCGCCAUGCUGCUGGUGUCAGCUGUCAUCGGCAUCUACUAUGCCUUUGCCGGAGGGGGACAGAAGACCUCCAAGGACUUUCUCAUGGGGGGGCGAAGCAUGAGUGCCGUCCCCGUGGCUCUCUCGCUUACAGCCAGCUUCAUGUCAGCUGUCACUGUGCUGGGCACCCCCGCUGAGAUCUACCGCUAUGGUGCCAUCUUCUGCAUCUUCGCCAUCACCUACACCCUGGUAGUGCUGUGCAGUGCUGAGAUCUUCCUGCCUGUCUUCUACAGGCUGGGCAUCACCAGCACUUAUGAGUAUUUAGAGCUUCGAUUUAAUAAAUACCUGCGUCUCUGUGGAACAUUCCUCUUCAUUAUACAAACGACUUUAUACACUGGCAUUGUCAUUUACGCUCCAGCUUUAGCACUAAAUCAAGUCACGGGCUUCGACUUGUGGGGUGCCGUGGUGGCAACUGGCGUGGUCUGCACUUUCUACUGCACGUUGGGCGGUCUGAAAGCAGUGGUGUGGACAGAUGUUUUCCAGGUUGGAAUCAUGGUCGCUGGAUUCUCGUCUGUGAUUAUACGAGCUGUGGUAGUCCAGGAGGGAAUUGGACGCAUUAUAAAUGAUUCCUACUAUGGAGGAAGAUUAAACUUCUGGGACUUUAAUCCCAAUCCAUUGCAAAGGCACACAUUCUGGACGAUUAUUAUAGGUGGGACCUUCACAUGGACUGGCAUUUAUGGUGUCAACCAGUCCCAAGUACAGAGAUACAUUGCAUGCAAAACCAGGUUCCAUGCAAAAAUGUCCCUGUACAUCAACCUGGUAGGCCUCUGGGCGAUCUUGGUCUGCGCAACGCUCUGUGGGCUGUCCCUGUACUCCAUCUACAAGGACUGUGACCCAUGGACGGCAAAGCAGGUGUCAGCACUCGACCAGUUGAUGCCCUACCUCGUACUGGAUAUUCUCAGGGAUUUUCCAGGAGUGCCAGGGCUUUUUGUGGCUAGUGCCUACAGUGGGACAUUAAGUACAGUGUCCUCCAGCAUCAAUGCUUUGGCUGCUGUGACUGUCGAAGACCUCAUCAGGCCAUACUUCAGAUCCCUUUCUGAAAAGAAGCUGUCAUGGAUUUCCAUGGGGAUGAGUCUAUUUUAUGGCGCAGUCUGCAUUGCUAUGGCUGCACUGGCGUCUCUCCUGGGUGCCUUGCUUCAGGCAGCGCUCAGCAUUUUUGGCAUGGUUGGUGGCCCCCUUUUAGGACUGUUUGCCUUGGGAAUUCUCUGCUCCUUUGCAAAUGGAAUUGGUGCAUUUGUGGGUCUUAUCACUGGCUUUGUUAUUUCACUUUGGGUUGGAAUCGGUUCUCAGAUUUAUCCUCCCCUCCCAGAGAGGACCAUGCCUCUCCCCCUCUCAACUGCAGGCUGUAAUAUAUCCAUCUCAAGCAAUCUGACUACAUCAACAGAAAACCCAUUGACAACAAUCUUCAGCACACAGGCUGCAGAAAGGCCUGUCCUGGCAGAGCACUGGUAUUCCUUGUCCUAUCUCUACUUCAGCACCCUUGGGACACUUACCACGAUAGUUGUGGGAAUGAUUAUCAGCCUCCUGACAGGAGGACUGAAGCAGAAUACAGACAGUAAAUUUCUUCUGACCAAAGAAGAUUUCCUCUCCAACUUCUCCUGGUCUAAAUCUGAGAGAGCGGAGAAAGUGGUUGUGUUGAACUGGAAAACAUCUACAAUGGUAGCCGAAGGAACGGACAACCCUGCUUUCAGCCACAUUGAAAUGGAUGAAGCAAGUGAUAAGAACAAAGCCAAUGGCCUUCAUAUAUGACAUGGAGCCAUGUCAGCCCCUGAGGACAGUUUUGUUCAUGUAAAGCACUGUUGACACUCCUGUGCCGGGUCAGUUACCAGCCCUGCUUGGAUCACCGGCAGGAGUCUGCUGAGCUUCAUGGUGCUGUCACCCAUGCACAACUUUGACAUUAGUCAAGAAAGGAAUCAGGUCUUUCCUGCUUUUGUUGUCUCUCUCACACUCUGGAUCUUGGUGACAGGGCUUAAGGCAAUGUAUCAGUAUGGAAUAUUUGCCUGAUAUUCUUGGGCCUCCUGGAAAAUACCUGCUUUUACUUCCAGUUCACUCUCAGAGUAAAUGUUUUAUGUGGUAAGAGUGCUGUCUCCUGGAUAUGACUGUUCUCUGUGGGCUUUUUUUUCUUUUUCUUUUUUUUUUCUUUUUUUCUUUAUUUCUUUUUCCUUUUUCCUUUUAAGGCAUUGAAAGAGUGAAGAGAUCAGUACUGUGGGAUCUUACCAGAUUGCAGGAAACAGUGGAUCUUCUUUUUAGUGGAGGAGAUGUACUUAGUGCCCUCUGAUUGCUUUGUAGAACUGAACUUGAGAGCAUAUUUAUUUUGCUGGUUCUGUCAUAUGUUUGCUUUCAUUAGUCUCAUUCUUUGAUGAGCACUCCUCUCAUGUGCUCACUGUUGGAUGCUACAAAACUGUCUUUGGAGACAGGUAAAACAAGCAUCAGUAAUACCCUUCCCUUUACUCCCUACCUCACUCUUUAGCCCCAUCUUGCUCCAACAGAGCUGGCUCUUGUGAUGAAGUGAACAAUCUGGGCUCUUCUUUCUGUGCCAUGUAGCAGAACCACAUGCUGGCCCAUGACUGCUCUUGCACUGAGCUGGGUGUAUAUAUUAACAAAGGUAUUAAUGUAGGAAGAAGACCCUCUUUGCUGUAUGGGGCUGUUAUCUGUGGAGCUGUGAGCUGAAACUUACUGUAACUAUUUUGUGUUCUUGCAGUUCCUGUUGUCGCUCCAAGGUUUCACUUGCAAGGUUGGUCCAGAUCAGGCUAGAGCAUGUUUUGUGUUUCGCUCAGAGGGCAGAGUCUGCUGUUCUGUCUCUGGGAGGGGAAGGGAUUGCAAAGGCUGGAUGAAGUCUCUUCAUGGCUGCAGGGCAUGGGAUGGCUCAUCCUCUGGCUGCGCUGCUGAGAGGAGAUCAACAGCGUAUCUGUCCUUACAUUACUUCUGGUUUGAGAGGAUAAAAACCCCAUAGCUCCCUUAUCCUAAUUGCUUGGGGAACAGACUGUUUGACCCACUGUGCCGGUUUUGUACUAUAUAUUUUUUGUGACAUCAACUGAUGGGGAUUUAAAACUCUGCCACAAGUUGGUGGCUCAGCAUCAAGUUGGUAAAUAAAAAUCAUUGCAGGAAAGCCAAGCAAUGAAGCUUAUAAAGCAGUCACGCUUGAGACACAAAUCAAACACUGACUGUGUGUCUUAAACUCUUUCAAGAGGUUACACUGGGUUGAGAUCCUUGUUUUGAAUUGAUGCUGCCUUGGAUGACCUGUGACUUCUACCUGUUUUGUUCACGGAGUGAAGACUAAUCCUUCCAGCAAUCACAGUUAAGAAAUAACGUAAGGUCAUGGAGUUUAUUCUCAGUACUUUGAAUUCACAUGGGAGAACACAUAAGCCUUCGCUUGAAGUCACUCUGAGCACUGAUCAGUCAUUUUACUCUAAUUUUGGUAUGAAGUGAAAGCUUGGGCCAGAUGGUAUCUGUUGGCCCACAGUCACACUGAGAUGAGUUUUUACUGGGGAAAAUACCUUGUUGUAAGAGAUUUAGAGGUAGCAUUCUUUCUGCAGCAACUGUCCUUUUUCUCAUUAUCUAACCUCCCAUGGUUGCUGCAGAACUAAAAAGUGACUCUUCUGCUUUACUUUUUUUUUUUCUAUAUGCUUUCUGUUUUAAU